AUGGCGAACCAUUCGAUCCCUAACAAGCCGUCUACGAUCUCUGCUCGGCCGUACGAUUGGCCACAUGACGGAGCCUUGUCACCGGCUACGACUGCCCUUGUGGUCAUAGACAUGCAGAAUGACUGCAAGUCCCUUCCUUUCUGCUCGGAGAAGGGGUACAUCGCUCAUCUGGGGUACCCCGUCGACGGCACGCGCGCCGCCAUCCCCAACAUCGCGAAGCUCUUGGAGGCGUUCCGGAAGCACGGCUACCCCGUCUACCACACCCGCGAAGGCCACCGCCGCGACCUGUCCACGCUCUCCGCGCGCGAGCACUUCCGCUCGCGCAACAACGCCUCCGGGCUGGGCAUCGGGACCAAGGCCCCUCGGCCGGCUGCUCAUCCGGGCGAGCCGGGCACGACAUCAUCCCGGAGCUCUACCCCCUCCCCGCCGAGCCCGUCGGGGUCACGAAGCUCGUCAUCUGGGGGUGACGACGGACGUGUGCGUGCACUCGACGAUGCGGGAGGGGACGACCGUGCGUAUGAGUGUGUGUUGGUUGAGGACGCGACGGGGUCGGUGGACGAGGGGCUGAAGAGGGCUGCGGUGGACAUGGUGCAGAUCGAGGGAGGCAUCUUCGGCGCGGUGGCGAGCACGGGUGACGUGCUUGUUGGUUUGGAGAACGCACAGCGGUGA